UUUAGCUAACCGCGAGCAGCAUACGCAAAAUUUUCCAAGAGCUUCGCGCAGCAGCAGCAACACAAUCCGAUCCGUUUGAGGUUGGGUGCAUUGUAUAGAGAGUGUGGGGGAAUUUAAAAAACUCAUCCGCCGGAUCAGUCCCGUCGUCGCAAUCGGGUUCGGGUUGAACGGGAUCAGUCUAGCAGCGGACGUUCCGCGAGUAGUCGUGCAAGCGUUUUUCAAUAGUAUACCUAGUUAGGUAGUUAGUUGUUGGGCAAAGAACUCCCCGCCUGACUGGAAAUUGUGCAUUUCGUUGAACGUCACACUGCGUGUGACACUGUCGGAGUGCGGAGACGCGAAAAGUGCCAAUUUUCCCGAAGGAAUUUUUCUUUUCUGUGCUGACUUUCGUAAGAAUAAAACACGAAGGUAGUGACGAGAGAAGCAGCGAGUGUGGUGUGGUGUGUUGUUGGAUUUGACCGACGACGGGAGAAGAAGGCGAAGGAAAGUGUCACCGUCGUCGCUCGUCGACGGUGUUGUCACAAACACUUCUAGCCCCGUAGUCGUUGUCGUCGUCGUCGUCUCGAGAGCUGUCACAGCCAGCAGAGAUAAAAAAGAAAAAUACGCGACACACAGUCGUAGGAGAGACUUUGCAGCUUUUAUGUAACAUGUUAUCGCAAAAAAGACCAAACCGUGCGACGGCAGCAGCAGGAGCAGCAACACAUCGGAAGUGAGAUCCCAUAAUAUCUAGAGGUGGAUCCAGGUGGGUUUUUGCAAAGCCCUCGGGUGACGCGUCCACGUGCUCGGUUAUUUAUUUUUUAAGGCGAAUCCCUAUACUGUCGGUUGUUUGAAGAAAAUAAAAAAAAAGAAUACAUAAACGACAGCGACAAUAACAAAUCGCUAGGAAUCGAGAAGAGAGUGUUCGGUGUGAGUGUGGUGAAGGACGAGAGGACUAGCCCUGAUUUGGUAGGUCCUGGAAGUAGUAGGCGGUAGACGAGAUAGUGUUAAAGAAUCAGAAGAAGAAGGAGGUGUGAAAAGUAGCCCGUACCUGCUGAGCCGAGUGUAGAGUGUAGAGAUUAGAAGAGGCGCGUUCGACACCGACUAGGCAGCGACGCAGCGCAGGGUUGGAAACCGCAAGGAGGAAGGGAAGGAAGCAGACGUGAGGUGAGCACAAGAAGAGCAAGAGAGCUCUCGGUCGCAUACUCGACGACGACGUCCAAAGAGUGUGUAGACCAAAAGGAAGCAGUAUCCUAGCCGAGCGGUGCAUUUCAGUUUCGACCGCCGAGCGACGAAGCAGAACAACAUUUAGAGACCCCGACGUUUGCAGUAGAGCAGAGCCGCGUGCGCGUAUUGGAGCAGGUCAUGAUUGGCGCUGGUGUGACGAUUACUCAUUUAUAUUUAUUAAACACAUCAUAGUAGCCCGCGACAUCAUCGCUGCGCGUAUUGUUCGCUUGUGCCGCACAUGCGGGCAUCCAAAUUCGCCGCCGGGUCGCACAAUAAAUCGCAGUGAGCGUUGUUGGCCUGAGUUGUACGAAUCGCGUAUAAAUUUAAAUUUUUUCCCACGACAAGUUGAUUUCGACUCGCGACCCAGGUCUGUCUGCUGUGACCGAGCAGCCCGAGAAGAAGAGCGAUCGGGGCGCGCGAUAUAAAUAUCUAUAUGGUGGAGAAUAAGAAGAAAAUGGAAGAACCAAAGUGUCUGCCAAGUGCCUAAUUUGUGCCCGAAGCUUGUGUGUUUUUUUUAUUCUGUCUGUUGGUGAUAGAAGUGAUUGAAGAAUUGCAUCAGCAGCAAGUGGUAAACGUGUGCUAGCGAAAGAGAGAGAGAGAGAAAAAGAUUACUCUAUCGAUAACAACCGAAUAUAGAAUACGAGGUUCUAGAUCCUCUUAGUUUUUAGUGUAAAUACAAGUUCUGAAGAAGGAAUAGAAAAAAAAUGGCAGUUUCAGUGAAAACGGUGCUAUCGACGUUGCUGGUGGCCCUGGUGGCGACCCUGUUCGUCCCAGCGGAAGCCCGCCGACAAUCGCCGCAGCUAGUGGAAGAAGAAGGAGCUCGCCGGAACCGACCAGCUGAAUGUCUAUUCGGCAAAACGCUGCGCGAACUCGGCUCAACAUGGUUCGCCGACUUGGGCCCCCCAUUCGGCGUCAUGUACUGCAUCAAAUGUGAAUGUGUGCCGGUGCAAAAGAAGCGUCGUAUCGUAGCACGUGUUCAGUGCCGCAACAUCAAGAACGAGUGCCCGAAACCGACCUGCGACGAACCGGUCCUGCUGCACGGAAGAUGCUGCAAAACUUGUCCAGGGGACGUAAACAGUCCUGACAUCCCUAAUGAUUUUCCGGUAACAGCCAAUCCAGAGGAGGAAGAACGCAGCAAACAUUUUGCUGCCCUACUGACCGGUCGCACAUCGUCCAUCCUCAAACGGGACGACAUGAAGUCCAUGUACUCGACAAUCAACCCGCAGAACAUCGUCGCCACCGGGCGUUUCGCGUUCCACAAGAAGAACCUCUACUACAGCUUCUACAUCUCAGAGAAUGCACCCCGACCCCGGACGAUCCAGUUCGUCGACCAUCAGAGUAACAUCCUCGAAGAACACCCGCUGAUCAUUCCGACCGAAGGCCCGUUCAGUGUCUACCAGAAUGCAACGGGGAAGAUCUGCGGGGUGUGGCGUCGCGUUCCACGUGACUACCGGCGUCUUCUGCGUGACGACAUGAUGAACGUCGUCCUGCUGUGGGGCGGUCAGCAUCAAGCCGAGCUGGCCAUUGCCGGCCCCAUCGGGAAGUACCCGGCCCUACCUCAGGAGCUGUUCAGCUCCCUACUGGAGCCAGCCCCCGGAACCAAUCCGGAACAGAUGAACGGAGCCGGUGGUACGGCGAUAGUUUCAACUAAGAGCGGAGUCACGUCAUCCAUCUACUUGACGAUCGUGCUGAAUGGCGUAUUUUCCCCGGACGAUAUCGCCGACGUUCCGUUGAACAUCCGACUGGAAAUGCAAAACAAAGACCAAGUCAUUCUGGAAGACACUCAACGGAUCAGGAAACCGGCUCAUGACAUCAACGUAAUUGAAGUGUCUUCACCUCUAUCGGUGAACGAUCUACGACUGCUAACUCGCGGAAAGCUGACGGUCGUCGUAGAAUCGAAGCGCAAACCGGAAGCCUUACGUAUUCAGGGCGUCAUCCAGACACGCGUCGCAUGCGAAGUGUUCCAAACUUUGUUGGCUUCACACAGUCCCGAAUCCCGAACGGAUAGUAAUGGGCUCGCUUGGAUGUACCUGAACAAGGAAGGCUCCCUGGUGUACAACGUACAAACUCACAACGUUCACAUGAACCACAAUCCGGUCAUCACCCUGAUCGACGACAGUGCCAAGCGAAAGGUCGACCUCGAAACGCUGACCUUCAAUUCAAACCACAUCUCAGGCACCGUCGACCGGUUGGGACCGCGAGUCCUGGAACCGCUCUACUCCGGAGAUUUGGCCAUCAAUGUCGCCAAUGAUCAGAACCCCAUUCUCAUCCAUGGAAAAUUUGUCACCCGACCGGUUGCCGAUGCCCGCGAUUCCAACGCACCGGUCCUGUUGAAGCGUGUCGGUAGCUCGGCCACACCGUCGCACUCCGUUGGCAUGGCUUGGGUGGCCGUCGAUAACGAAUGCAACCUACACUACGAAGUGACACUGACCGGCGUUCCCAGUGCGUACCACCCGGUACAGCUCUACCUCGAGGAACUCCCCAUCGAAGCUCCCAACGCUCCCAUUAGCCGAACGCUGCUGGAAGACUUCACCGGAAACUACCUCGAAGGUUUCGUACUGGCGCUGCCCUCGACCGAACUGGCCAAGCUGGAAACCAGUGUCAUCUAUCUAGAAAUCCGCUCGAAAUUAAAAAACGAACCCAUCCUGAAGGCAAAAAUCAAAUCGAUUAAGGUGCCGAACCACUGCACCGGAAAUCAGUACCACGACAACGACGUGCAGAACAACUCCUUCGCUCCUAUGGCGCACAACGACAACACCGUCCCGACUGUGGAAACGAAAUGCUAUCACUCUUCCCGCUUCUACGACGAAGGCGACAUGUGGCACAGUGCACUCGAGAGCUGCACCAUGUGCUCGUGCGUGCACAAGCGCGUCAAGUGCGAACCUAUCCGCUGCCCUCCGUUGAAGUGCCGGAAAGAGGACAUCGUGCAGAAGAAGGGUGACUGCUGUCCAACCUGCGCAGUAUCCAAAUACUCCGACGACACCCGACUUGUUUCGACGUCCCGCGGUUGCAAGCUGGGCGACCAGUUCCACGAAGCCGGCUCGACGUGGCACCCGUACCUGCCGCCGAACGGCUACGACACCUGCACCGUGUGCACCUGCGAUAUGGCAACACUGGAAAUUAACUGCCCGCGAACCCAGUGCCCACCGUUGAACUGCAGCGACAAGGUGGCCUACCGACCGGACAAGAAGGCCUGCUGCAAGGUGUGCCCUCAGAUUAAGGAGCGGAAACCGAUUCGCACCGGCAGCCCGGACGAAGCAGGCGACCAAGGAAGCAGCAGCGGUACGCUCCGGUCCACGCAGACCAUCCUGGCGAACGGUGGCUGUACGUACAAUGCCAACGUGUACGACAACGGUCAGCACUUCCAUCCGAUACUGGCGUCCCACGGGGAGCAGAAGUGCGUCAAGUGCACGUGCAAGGACCGGGAAAUCCAUUGCGAACGGAAACGGUGCGCUCGUUCGGUGUGCAACCGACAGCACGCCCGCAAGAACGCCAUCGUCGACGAGUGCUGUCAGUGUCAGAAGACGGGCCGGCAUCAGCACCGAAGACGGCCCAAUCACAGCAAGCAGCAACAGCAACAACCACAGCAAACGGCCAUAUCUGUAAAAAGUUGAAUUGAUUAAGUUUCCGACGAACCAUCGGAGUGUUUCGGUUUAUUGAACGUAUUUUUUUUUUCUAUAUUUCGGUAAUUGUGACUAGAAUUUUGACUUUUUGGGAGAGAAAUAAAAAACAAGUGUGAGUGACUGUGAGUGAGAGGGUGAGAAAGAGUGCGUGAGAGAGUAACUAUCAGUGAUACAAGAGAUUUGGAGUGCCAAAUAGUAGUGCGAUGAUGGAUGUGUUUUGUAUUUAUUACGAUAACAAAUUUUUCGAACAGUAUCAGGAAACUGGAGCGUACGCUAACGUAUACAGAGUUUGGAAUGCGUACAAAGAGCUUUUUUUUUGGACUACAAAUUAGGAAAAGUGGCGGCACAAUUUUUCGGUGUGUGAGAGGGAGAAUUUGAAUAUAGAAGCUUGAAAAAAAUAUCAUCCUAAUGAAAGAAAUUACAAUGCAGGGUAUUCAGAUGAAGAAAAAAAAGCGAGAGGGAGAGAGAAAGCCAGGAGGACAGAAAUAAUUGGAAAUUUCUUAUUUUAAAGAAAUUUUCCAGUUGGAAAAGUUUUUGUAUCAGAGAUCACUAUUUAUAUUUUUUCUACAAAUAGGCAUAGGUUUCUAAACUGUAGGCAUAGUAGAGUGUAAGGAAAAACCAUAUUUAUUUAAAGGGAAAGUUACUGGUCAGCAAACAGCAGUAAAUCAUUAUAGGUCAUUCGCAUUUAAAGAAAACGGAAAACACACACACACACUACGAAAUAAGAGCAAAGAAGAGGAAGGAUGGAGCUUGAAAAGUUGUAAAUGCUUUUUUUUAACUCUAUAAACACACUUACACGCAGCAAAAAUUGAGAUUAUUUAAAAGGAUUGAUAGCAAUAAACAACAGAUUUCAGAGCCGACGUUUUCUGAACUAGCAGCAACACGCCCCAAGAAAAGGGAAACCUUUAUUGUUUGUAUUCUGCGAAUGCGUCAAGUCCGCAUUCGAUCCUUGGUUAGAUUGCCCAUAGCAUGAUCUGGAUAUGGAAUCAGGAGAAUACUGGACCAACUACCAUCAGGGCAUUUGGGCACGUUUCAACCCUGCACACUGGGGAUAAAAAUGUCGCAAAAUUCAACAACUCCAGUUUUCGCUAGGGGAAACAUGAUCAAAUUAGUUCUUGUUACAGGAUAAAAAAAAUCUCAGAAAUCGAAUGGAACUGGUUUCAUCUUGCGUGGUUUUGGUGUAAAACUCGCAAAACUAUUUGGUAGGUACUAUUUUAUUUGGUUUUCAAUAGAAAAACGCAUCAAGAAUCCAAUGAAAAUGGUUUCCACUUACGCAGAUAGCAGAUAAAGUUAUUCUUGUGGAAAAUUCUCAACAAAUCAUAGAAAGGAACCGUAUAAGGUAUAACGAUUAAAAUAUAUCUACCGUGCGCAAGAUGAAACCAGCUCCAUUCGAUUUCGGAGAUUUUUCCCUGUCAAAAUGAAUAAUUUGAUCAAGCUACUCCAGCGAGAACUGAAGUUGUUGAAUUUUGAGACAUUUUUACGUUCCUGUCUCCAGUAGUGUGCAAUGCCUGAAUAAUAUUCUUUCUGAGUAGAAAUCUGGAAACCAUUAUCUUGCGCCCAGCAGCGAUCGGUUUCAUGUUCGAAAUAACAUUGUUUCUAGAAAGACAUUCUAGUCACGUGCCUUAGCGCUACAUCCUGCAAUUAAGAAGAUAAAAUGUAACUUUUAGAAACACGAAAAUCGACGACUAGGGAGAGGGGAUGGUCCCACUUUGCGAUCUCCCAUCCGUCGAGUGAGGGAGGCAAAAGGGCAUCCCGGACAAUGCAAGCGAAGAAAAUAAACCCGACAACAGUUAGAAACUUAAUCAAUUCACUGAAAAUAAGAAAAAAACACAUUGCGCGAUUGCUUUUUAUUCACAUACUUCUGCUAAGCAAAACAGACAAAACUUAGGUCGACAAGAAAAGGCAAAACAAUUCUUGAACUGUUUUUUUUCCUGUUACCACGUACCAAAGAAGACUGAUAUAUUAAAUCUUGAAAGUAAAAGAGAAAAACGUUGAAAUAAAUUUGCUGAUGUAAAAACAAAAACAAAAAAAUUGUAACCCGAACCAUCUUUUGACGCUGAGAAACCGAGAAGAACAAAAAUCUGUCGAAACACAAACACACACACUCACACACACACCCAUACACACAUACAUUUCGUCAGUCAUUUCGUUAAACCCCCUACCACCAUUAUACCACAUUACUUUUGGAUACUUAAGAAAACCGAUUCCGAUUAAUUGGGAAUUCAUCAUCUAAUACAGUAUUGUCUCGCUGCUUCAGGCCAUUUUACCGACGAACGCAGCUUUAUUCAAAUUACAAAACAAAAAAGUAAGAACCAAUCAUCAUUGCUUUGUUUUCAUCACUUUCACACCUUAAUCGUACCACUGUAAACAAACAAGUAAGCAAGCCAGCGGCGGACAAUGCAAAGCAUUGUCCGUCCGUUCGAACAGAGAAAUGAGAGAUAGAGAAAAUAAACACAAUCAGCGAAAAGAGAGAGAGAGAGAGCGAGAAGGGGAGGAAAUCCAAGCAUGCCAUAAGUUUUUUUUUAAUGUUGAUAAAUGAUUAAAUUAUUGUAACACAGGUCACUUACUACCGAUAAGUGAAAAACACACUAGCUUUUAGGAGAAGAAGCCUAGCACAGCAGGU